CAGAGUCUUGGGUCAGCUAUUGCCCCCAAUCGAAAGAGCAGCUCGGUAGGAUUUCUCCCCGAUAGAGAGUUGGGUCUCAUGUCUUCCGCCCCGCUGCUCGGCUCCGCCGCGCCCGACGGCAGCGGCGUGAUCGCUGCCGCCACCGAGGGCCACGAGCGUCGCCCCGGCCCGCCGCGCGGGAGCCCUGCUGGCCCGCCGUGCUCGUCGUGGCUCGGUCGCGUGGUGGACACCGAGGAGGCAUGGGCGCAGCUGCAGUUCGCGGUGCCGAUGAUCCUGAUGAGCAUGGCCUACUACGGCAUCCCGCUGGUCUCCGUGAUGUUCUCAGGCCACCUCGGCGACGUCCAGCUCGCCGGCGCCACGCUCGGCAACUCCUGGGCCACUGUCACCGGCUACGCCUUGGUCACAGGCCUGAGCGGCGCGCUGGAGACGCUGUGCGGGCAGGCCUACGGCGCCCGGCUGUACCGGAUGCUGGGUCUGUACCUGCAGUCGUCGCUGCUCCUGUCUGCGGCGGUUUCCGCGCUCAUCUCCGUGCUCUGGAUGUUCACGGAGCCUCUCCUGCUGCUCCUCCGGCAGGACCCCGAGGUGUCCCGUGAAGCGGCGGCGUUCGUCCGGCCCCAGAUCCCCGGCCUCUUCGCGUUCGCCUUCCUCCAGUGCCUGCUGCGCUACCUGCAGAUGCAGUCCGUCGUCAUUCCGCUCGUCGUCUGCUCCGUGGCGCCGUUCGUGCUCCACGUCGUGCUCACGCACCUGCUGGUGAACGUGCUGGGCUUGGGGCUCGCCGGUGCGCCCGCCGCCAUCUCGGUCACCUUCGCGGCGUCCUGUCUCAUGUUGCUCGCGUACAUCCUGCGGUCGGAGGCGUUCAGCGAGACGUGGAAGGGGUUCUCCGCCGAGGCAUUCAGAUACGUGCUGCCCACCUUGAAGCUCGCCGCGCCGUCCGCCGUCAUGGUCUGCCUGGAGAUCUGGGCGUUUGAGCUCCUGGUCCUUGUCGCCGGCUUGCUCCCCAAUUCCACGGUGAGCACGUCACUGAUCGCCAUCUGCUCUAGCACGGAGGCCAUCGGCUUCAUGACCACGUACGGGUUCAGUGCUGCUGUGAGCACCCGAGUGUCGAAUGAGGUCGGGGCCGGGAACGUGGACAGGGCCAAGAACGCCGUGGCGGUGACGAUGAAGCUGUCGGUGCUCCUCGCCAUCUCCUUCGUCCUGCUGCUGGCGUUCGGCCACGGCGUGUGGGCGAGGCUCUUCAGCGGGAGCGCGGUGAUCGUGUCGGAGUUCGCCGCCAUCACGCCGCUCAUGAUCGUCUCCGUCGUGCUCGACUCGGCGCAGGGUGUCCUGGAAGGCGUGUCGAGGGGCUGCGGGUGGCAGCAUCUCGUGGCGCUCACCAACCUUGUGGCUUUCUACCUGAUCGCCAUGCCGCUGGCCAUCCUCUUCGCCUUCAAGCUCAAGUUGUACACCAAGGGACUGUGGAUGGGCCUGAUCUGCGGGCUGGCAUGCCAAGUCUGCUCGCUGCUGGUGAUCACCGCCCGCACCAAAUGGUCGAAGAUCGUCGCGGAGGCCAUGCAGGAGGAAAAGGCCGACUACAUCGCUUAGACCACACAGGGCUAGGAUCUCCUCAAAUAAUUGCAUGGGCUUUUGGCGCCCAUUUUCGGAUCCAAGUCGCACGAUAACAUUCUUGAAUUUUAUUUUUCUAUCCGGCAAGGCAGACGGGUCGGUGGUGGUCGCCAUGCGCCAGGUCCGAUCUCCGGAGCAGAAUGCCCACGCCACGUCUGGGAUGCUUCCUUCGUCAGAAUUGGGCUGACCAAGUGGUGGUAAUAGGCGCAUUUUGUUCCACGUACUAAAGUUUAGUUAUGUUACAUUAAAAUUUAGUUAUGUUAUAUCAAAUGUUUAGAUAACACUUAUCAACCUCUAUUUCACUACAUGAUGGCGAAACA